UGUCGCUGCAGAUGUGGAGUGGUAGUUGCUUUACCGUCGCGCUGCUAAAGCGUCGCCGAUUCGCUGUCACAGUACCUGUAUCGAAUUUGCAUUUUAAAAGUCAAGCGUUCCAUGGAAAUGAAGUCAACCAGCCAGGUAAAAAGAGCGACGGCCGCGUCUAGCGAUGAAUCACCGGCAUCGGCAUCGGCUGAGACAGCCGCUGCAUACAUGCGACAAUUUAAAAAUAUUAUAGCACCGGGAAAUGAGGCAUCUAUGACCCGGGAGUUCAAGCCACAAGUGGCCUAUGAGUUUGAACGCUACCUAAAUCCCCAAAAGCUCAAACAGCAUGUGCUACGCAGUGAAAAGCUGCGUUCAUUGCUGGAACACUAUGCGAGACAGACGGAGCAGCCGAUCAAGCAGCUAGAGCAGCAAGCACGUGCGAUUAUCGAUGAGAUCGGACUGGAUCGAAAUAUGGCCAUAAUACGUUGGUGUGGCAUUGCGAUAACAGCAAUAGGUAAACGCAUCUGUGAUGGGUUUUAUGUCAAUUCGGCCAGUAUGGCCAAUGUGCGGAAGGAUAUGGGUCAGUGUCCGGUGCUGUAUUUGCCCAGCCAUCGCAGCUAUAUGGAUUUCAUACUGAUGAGCUAUAUAUGUUAUUACUAUGAUAUCGAAAUACCAGGAAUAGCAGCCGGAAUGGAUUUUCACUCCAUGUUCGGCAUGGGCACAAUGCUGCGGAAGACGGGCGCCUUCUUCAUGCGUCGCAGCUUCUCCAACGAUGAGCUUUACUGGGACAUCUUUCGCGAGUAUAUGUACGCCCUGGUCGCCAAUUAUCACAUUGGCGUAGAGUUCUUUAUAGAGGGCACACGGUCCCGAAAUUUUAAAGCUUUGGUGCCCAAGGUGGGUCUGUUGUCAAUGGCUUUGUUGCCUUAUUUUACGGGCGAGGUGCCGGAUGUGAUGAUUGUGCCUGUUAGCGUGGCUUAUGAACGUGUACUAGAGGAGCAGCUGUUUGUCUAUGAACUGCUGGGCGUGCCCAAACCCAAGGAGUCUACCAAGGGUUUCUUCAAGGCUCUGAAAAUCAUCGACGAACGAUUUGGCAAAAUGUUUCUGGACUUCGGUGCCCCAAUUUCAGUGCGUGAAUUCUUUGGCCAUGAUAGCACGCAGCGCAUGCAACGCUCCGGACUUGGUGGAUCCCUGCAGAAGCUCAAUCGUCAGGAGAUCGAGUUGGUGAAACAGCUGGCUAACGAGAUAAUCUACCAGCAACAACGACGCAUUGUCAUCACCACAUUUAAUUUGCUAAGUCUAUAUUAUGCCAGCAAGCUAUAUGGACAGUGCAGCGUCAAUCUGGAUGAACUCUCCCGAGGUAUUCUUCAUUUAAAGCGAAUAUUUGAGAAGCUUGGCGCUCAUGUCAGCACCAGCACGAACAGCAUCAAGGCGGACGUCAUUGAUGCUAUCGAAAUUCAUAGCAACAUUUUGCAAUUUCGUGUAGCCAAACUUCAAUUCACGCCAGUAGCUGCAGAGCAGCUGGCGGCACAGAUCGAUGUCAAACGGCUGAAGGCCCAUGCAUUGUGUCCACAAACGAUGGCGGUAGCUGUGCCGAUGCUUGCGCUGCAACUCUACAUAAAUCCGUGCCUGUUUUGGCUGGCUCGACCCGCCUAUCUGCUGCUUGCAGCGCUCAAGGAGCAGCGGCGUCAGCAGCAACUGGACAACAUGAGCACGUACCAAGAGACACGAGCUGCACUGCACAAUCAUGUGAGCAGCAUGGAUGCACUGUUUCAGCAUGAGUUCAUCGUCGAAUCGAAUCGCGAGGCGGUCGAGUUUGAAACGCAUUUGCAGUUGCUGAUUGAGGAGCGUGCUGUGCAGCUACACGAACACACGGGCAGAAUUAGUGUACAGGAUAAUGAAUGCACCAGGGUCAUACUGGCUGCACUGGCUCCAUUUCUCUGUCUCUAUUAUCAACUGGCGGUGACGCUGCGACAGAUGUCUGGCGAAUUCAACUCGAAGGAUCUGUUGGUUCGCGUGCAAGAGCAUGUGGAACAGCUGCUGCAGCAACCAGGCGGCACCGCCUCACAUGUCCAUCCCUAUUGUCUGGCCCUGGACAAUCUGAACAUUGCCAUCUAUGCACUAAUACAGUCCGGUUAUCUGCAUAAGUCCCGAGAAACGGGCCUGAUGAGCAUCGCUGCAGCAACACCGAUGAAGUGCCUCAGACAACUAGAGCUGCAGCUGCUGGAGUAUUGCCAGCUAAUGCCAUUUACCCAAUACUCGAUGGCUGCCAACGAGCAGGCGCAAUCGCAUAUGGCCAAAUUAUAACUGACAAAUGGCAAGCGGUUGGCGACUGCCUCCACGCCGCUGCCUACAACGAUGUCCUUGACCCAGGAUCAUAGUACAAUAUCACAAUUCAUUCAAUCCAUUGUCGGCCUGCUCAAGAAUUGUCGCAUCAUCUGCAUACUCUUAGUUUUUGUGCUCGUCGCACCCAUUUGGCAAUUUCUACUGUGGCUGUUAGCAACUUUCUGCUCAGUCGCGUAGUCAGUGUACUCAAGUGUGUGUGUGUAUGUAAGUAAGAGUGCGAGUGUGCGUGUGUGGAAAAUAUAUGGGAAUAUAGCAUUUGUGUAUACGAGGGUAUUUUGUUUAGUCCUUUAAGCAUUUAUUAUAAUUCAUAAUGUUUAGUUUUAAAUUGUUGCCAUACAAAAAAUGAUUUACUGCUUACAUUGUCCAAGGAAGACAUGGUUUUUUCAUAAAGCUAGAGAUCCCAACGAGAGCAAACAUUUAAUUAUGCACGGAGAUCCAUUCAAAGUUUAUGUAUUAGUUCCUAACUUCCCUUUUAUUUUAACAACCAUUUAACUAAUUUGUAGACUUCGAUGCAUUCCUCGUACACCUUUGUAAAUGAAUUUAUUGUAUGUUAAUGUUAUGUUAUAUGUUUCAUUUGUGUAGUUUUAAGUUAUUUACAUGUAUGUUUAUAUCUAAUAGCCGGGUUUUCUACUUUAAGCAACCAAAUGUUCAACUAAUGUAAAGUUAUGUCAAUGUUUGUGUUUGUCGUUGCAUCCAAUUAGCUUAUUAUAAUUCAAGUCAAGUCAUUUAAGCUAAGUUUAACAAUGUGAGCUUAACCUUAAAUGCAAUGUUAGCAAGAGCAUGAACUGUUAUUUAACAUGUGAUUUUUAUUGCUAACAGAACAUAUAUAUGUUACUAACAACGCACUAAAAUCUUGCUAUACUCAGCACUACAUAGCUAUGUUAACAGCGAUUUUAAUGUUCGCUUUAGUCCUAAUAUUGAUGCGAUUAUCUGGCACCUGACAGCUUAGCAUAAUUUUUAAUUGAAAUCUUAACUAUGUUAAUGAUGGCUGCCGCAUGGUGUAACAGUUGGUUAUAUAGUUUUGAUAACAGUUUUUGACAGGUCUAACACACAUAGAAAAUUUUACUUAAGAUAAGUUCCAUUUAUUAUAUGCACAAAGGUAUACAACCAUUAUAAAACAUAUAAGCUGUUUAUUUUGUCAGUUAUUUAUUCAAUGGAGAAGUAUUUAUAAUUUGCCAUGGCCUCUCC